AUGCCUGCCUACCCUGCGCCUGCUCUCUCCUACGGCGCGUUCCGCACUCGCCGCCUCUGUGAGCCCGUGCAGACCUUGCGCGCUGCCGCCUCUUCUUCCUCGUCAACCUCGCCUCCUGGCCGCUCGCGUCGCACUGUGAGCGUCCCCGCCUCCGCCCGCCCAUGCAGUUCGCGUAUUCAGCACGCGCUGCGCCUCAAGCCGCGUCACGUCAAGCAGCGCGCCAAGCCGCAGUUGUUGCGCUCGCCAUCCCUCAGCCCUGCUCGUCUUGCGCUGACACAGCGUGCGCACGCGUCCCUCACGCAAGUCGUCCCCUCCUCCUCGCCCCCGCGCCGUCCGCGCCUGCUCGCCCGCGCUGUCUCCUCGUCCUCGCCGUCAACCUCGCCGGCUACGACCACGCGCAGCCUCCCGCGUCUUAUACACUGCAUGUGCGAGCUCGUCCGCACGCCAGCAUCCGCAUGUCAGAAGGCGUCUGCCUACGCCGUCCGUAUGUGCUCACUUCUUGCCGUCCACGCGCUCUCAUGCACAUGGCUCUCGCGCCAUCGCGUGAAAUCGUCGGCCGCACAGCAGAAUGCGCUCGACCCGAUGGCGCUGACCGGCACUGACGCCACACGGGGCGCGACGCUGCGACGCCGCGACGCCAGAGCCGCGUUGCUGUCUGCAGGCCACCGGGCCCGCGGAAGACGUCGCGCCGCUGUCGACGGCAAGGCUCGCCAGGACAGCGUCGACGCGGGCGCGCGCACGGCGGAGGACGCACGGACGGCACGCGCGAGCAAAGUGAGCAACAUCCUACCGGCGUCAAGGAAACGACGACCGGCAGCCAGCCAGCGCGCGCACGGACAGAAGAUCGCCCCGCUCAACACAGGCACCGCGAGCGCGCCGCGGGAGGAGCGAGAUUCAGACGCAGGAGACGGAGGCGUCCGCUCCCCCCAGCGUCCUGCGCACCCCGCCUGCGCCGUCAGACCACGCCAGUCGCACAGCCUGAUCUCAGGGGAUCCUGUCCGAUACACACAUCGCGCGCGGGUACGCCGGGCGUUCCUCAUUCCCCGCUCGCUACGCCCGCCUUCCGCCAUCCGACGACUGCCCCACUGCGCCUACAUCCAACCGCCGCCGCCGCCGCCGCCGCCGCCGGUGCUUCAGAGCAGCGACCAGGACGCGAAUUGUCCGCGGUGUCGGGCGCCGUCGAUCGACCUCACAACGCCCACGCCGCCAAACCUCGUCGGACGCACAACUUAA